AUGAAGGGGAAGCUGCAGAAACUCCCCUUGGCUGGCGUGGACUGGCGAGUACUUCAUACGUGUCAUCAGGAUGUCAGCAGUUCCAUUGAGAAUUUGGAUGUGGAUGUCGCAAAUUCAAUGGCCAAGGAGGUGAAGAACGACUGGAAAGCAGAGCUGGGGUUAGGCACAGUGUUAAGCAAAGCAGGGCUGGAGCUGCCUAAGAUGCGGGUGGCCCUUGCUGGAUCUCACUCCUGGAUGGCUAUUUAUGCACAUGAGAAAUCCCGCCAGGACAGCCAUAUUUUUGUGAGGCAAGAGGUCUCCUGUGCAUACUACAG